AUGAAAAUUGCAGUAGGCACGGCGAGGGGUCUCGCGGAAAUACACCGGCAAAAUGGUGGGAAGCUCGUCCACGGUAAUAUUACAGCGUCAAAUAUAUUCCUCAAUUCACAAGGGUACGGCUGUGUAUUAGAUCUUGGUGUAACCGAGAUGAUAGACACGAAAUUCAUGCCGAAUGCACAUUGCUAUGCCCCGGAAAUCAAGAAUGCUAAAAACGUGUCCCAAGCAUCAGAUGUGUACAGCUUCGGGAUUCUGCUGCUCGAACUUCUCACGAGAAAGGCCAGUGUUCACGUCCGGGAUGGUCCUACUGCUGUUGACCUAGUCAAGCUGGUUAAGUCGGUCAAAAAUCGGGAGAGGGCUUCCAAAGUUUUCGAUGCUGGCCUAUUGAAGCAUCAUGCGUCAGAAGAACAGAUGGUUAAAGUGCUUCAAAUAGGAAUAAAAUGUGUAGAGAAAUGGAUAAAAGGGAGACCUAAGAUGUCCCAGGUGGUGAAGAUGUUAGAGGAAAUUAAUCUGUUGGAACCGGUAAGUCGUGCCCAUGUUGAGGAUAGAAAUGCCACAUUUAACCUCGAUAUAUUACGUGCUCCUGCUGAGAUGCUCGGGAGAGGAGCAUUCGGAACUAGUUACAGGAUACUUUUAAGCAAUGGACAGGCGGUCGUGGUUAAGCGGUUGAGGGAUGUGAUGGUCCCAUUCAAGGUAUUCGAAGAACAUUUGGAGAUCAUUAGAAGAAUGAGGCACAACAAUGUCGGAAAACUGAAGGCGUACUUCUACACGAAAGGCGAGAAGCUGUUGAUGUACGAUUACUAUAAAAUGGAGAGUUUAUCCGCUCUGUUGCAUGGCAGUGACAGGAUAACCUUAGACUGGGAAACUAGACUGAAAAUCGUACUUGGUGCCGCAAGGGGUCUCGAGUAUAUACACAGACAAGACGGGGGUAUGCUCGUGCAUGGAAACGUGAAAUCCUCAAACAUUUUCCUCAGCACACAAAAAUACGGCCUUGUCUCAGAUGUAGGGUUGUGGAAGCUCAUAGGCACAAGGACAGUCUCCCAGUCAUCAGAUGUCUACAGCUUUGGAGUUGUGAUGCUUGAAUGCCUUUGUAAAAUUCCGUCUCAAGUCUCCAUGGGAAGUGUCCGAGCCAUGUCCCUUGUCGACUUGGCUCGGUUGAUUAUCCGGAGUACAGACUUGUUUGAUCCACUGCUUGUGGGGAAGAAAGCAGAGGAGGUGGAGGAGAUAAUGGAUAGAAAACUGCCACAACUUGAUUCCCUCCGAAAUUCCUUCCAUUCAGCCCCAGUCGUGCUUUUGUAG